GCCUGCUCGACCACAUACUGCAUGCGUUGGUGCCAGGCUUUGUCCUGUCUCACCGGACGCUGAUGACAGCGAAGAUACAGAGAGUGAUGGCGGAUCGCUAGAUCUCGAAGAUAGCCAUGGCAAAAAUGCGUUUGAGCAAAAUGAGACUGCGACAGGCAGCACUUCACCUGACAAAGUGGAGGGUGACUAUGUCAACGGCCAACCGAGUGGUCCAACAUUUUCAAGAGGUGAGUGGCUGCUGUUAAGUGGCCUUGCUGGGAAGGUCAAUGAAUCGAAGGCUUCAUUUUCCGAAGACGUCCAUGCAAAUUCCUCAUGCUGUGAGGAGACAAGGUCAAAAGUGAAGGCCUUGCCGGUGUCUUUGGCUGAAAAACUGCCAAGGACGCGCGUGCUUCAAGUAGGUCGUUCUCGAGGCAUGGCGCCGCAAGCUUCAAGGUUCAAAUCACAUGCCUCCUGGACAAGUUUCUUGCCUCUUCCCGCUCGAGAGCGAGCAGAACAAGUUGCGCCAAAAGCACCUUCAGUGCGGACCGAGCACACAUUUGGGUAUCCGGCCGAGAACAUUCAUUCUGACUUGCAGGUUGCACAAAGUUCAGCAGAUGCUCAAAAGCCAGUCCAGAGACAAGCAGGUCCAAAAUAUCGCGUGCCUCCGGGCGGCAGCCGACCUGCACGGACAGAAUCAAAGGCCAAAAUGGCCAAGGAGUUCGUCCUGGAAUUCAGAUCUGAACCGCGUGUUGUGCCUGCUCGAAGAAUUAUCCAGGACCAUCGGUCACAACGCCGAGGCCAGAAAUGCUCAGAAACCACUCCGUUCCACAGGUUCCGUCAAGAUGAUGGUCGAUGGGCUCUCGAACGGGAGGCAACCCAAUGGUGCUUUUAUUUUUCACAUAUUGCACGCUUCCACGUUCAGUUCAGCAUCAAAGGAUUUACUUGCCGGGUUUAG